AUGUCGGACGGACAGCUGGGAUGGGAUUUCUCCCAGGUUUUCGGCGAGCGAGCGCCGGGAGAGGAGGUGCAGGACGCGGACGUGAUUAGUGCGGUGGAGUUUAACGUGGACGGGGAGAAACUCGCGACGGGAGAUCGAGGGGGGAGGGUGGUGUUGUUUGAGCGCAUGCACGCGAGUAAGGGUGCGGUGGAGGAGCUCAGGGCGCGAUUCGAUGAGGGCGGGUUUCGAGGGGCGGAGGGCGACCCGGAGGACGACGCGCGCGGAGGAGCUGCGUUUAGUGGGAGGAAGGAACCGGUGGAGUAUAGGUAUCUCACCGAGUUUCAAUCGCACGAGCCGGAGUUCGAUUACCUCAAAUCGCUUGAGAUUGAGGAGAAGAUUAACACGUUGAAGUGGUGUCACCAAGGGGCGAACGACGCCAAUUUUCUGUUGUCGACGAACGAUAAGACGAUCAAGCUCUGGAAGGUGUACGAGAAGCAUUUGGAGUGCGUGAGUGGGUACAAUGUUAAUAGGGAUGGUGAUAGUGUCGGGUUCAGGCGAGCAGUGGCGCCGGGAGCGUCCGCGGGAGUCUCGGAUGGCACCGAGCCGGGCGCGCUGCGGAUUCCAUCCGUCACACGCGGCGAGAGCAUUUUCACGGCGAGAAGCAGGCGUGUGUACGCAAACGCACACGCGUAUCACAUCAACUCGCUUAGUGUGAAUAGUGACGGUGAAACAUUCAUCAGUGCGGAUGAUUUACGAAUCAACUUGUGGCACUUGCAGAGCACGCAGCAGAGCUUCAACAUCGUGGACAUCAAGCCGGCUAACAUGGAGGACUUGAGCGAGGUGAUCACCGCGGCGGAGUUCCACCCGCAGCAUUGCAACUAUCUCGCGUACUCUUCGAGCAAGGGAACGAUUCGGCUAACGGAUUUGCGUCAGAAUUCAGUGUGCGAUUCGCACUGCAAGCUGUUCGAACUUCCCGAGCCGGCUGAGAAGAGGAGCUUCUUCUCGGAGAUAAUAGCCAGCGUGAGCGACAUCAAGUUUAGCAGAGACGGACGAUUCAUAUUAGCUCGUGACUAUCUCACGAUGAAGCUUUGGGACGUCAAGAUGGAGAGAGAGCCGGUGGCGACGGUGAACGUGCACGAGAACCUGAGACCGAAGCUGUGCGACUUGUACGAAAACGAUUCUAUUUUCGACAAGUUCCAAUGUUGCGUCAACCACGACGGGACGCAAAUUGCCACUGGAUCGUACGGAAAUAUAUUCAAGAGCUUCAACACCACGGUUCACGACGAUGGCGAGUCUGGCGGAUCAUUUGAAGUCUCCAAGGACCCUCGUCGCAGGCUCGGAGCCAGAGCGCGCGGCAACGGCUACUACGGCACAGCCGGCGGCGCGAACGAUUUUUUCAACCUUCCACCCGCAGAUUUCCGCGCCAGUAAGAUCUUGCACAUGGCUUGGCACCCGACGGAGGACAUCAUUGCAACCGCGGCGGCGAAUUCGCUUUACUUUUUUGCCGGCGGCGCGCCUUGA